AUGUGGGUUGUGGAUCGGCUCGAACGCCUUGGAAUUUUGAGAUAUUUUCAACAAGAGAUCAGGGAGUCUAUGAAUUAUGUGUCAAGAUAUUGGACUAAGAAAGGUAUUUGCUGGGCGAGAAAUUCGGAGGUUCAAGAUAUAAAUGAUACAGCAAUGGGAUUUAGAAUCCUAAGGUUGCAUUGGCCACCAAGUUUCACCCGAGAUUCUCAAGUGCUAUUUCAAGAAGAGAAGAUUCUUGACGAUGGCAUGUUCAAUCUAUAUAGAGAUUCUCAAGUGCUAUUUCAAGAAGAGAAGAUUCUUGACGAUGCCAAGAAUUUUUCAGCCAAAUAUUUAACAAAGAAACAUGCUGCUAAUGAGCUCUUAGAUAAAUGGAUCAUAACCAAUGAUUUACCUGGCAAGGUGAGCUCUAAUUUCAUUCUUACUGAUUUCAAAGUUUAUGGGAGCAUAUUUCCCCAUAAUUCUUAA